AUCCUGAACUUCACCUACGAUGUCGCUGUCAGAACUGCUGUCAGAGUACAUCUCCGUUCCUCAGGCUCGCCAUAUCUAUGAUUCUACCCGAAAAAACUUUAUCUUGCUUUCCAUCGCCGCCUUUGUUGCAACGUUCAAGAUUGAUGCACAAUUUGGACGGUUUUCUAGAGGAGACGGGCCGAUGUACGUUAACGCCAAGAUCGCAUGGAUGAUCAUGGAAAUCUUUUCUCCGAUAUGCUGUACCCUUUCUUUCCUUGCGGCGCCACUUUCAAUGCCCGUCCUUACUCCAACAUCUCAGCUUCCCCUUUAUCCGGGACAGAAGGUUCUACUCGGUCUUUUCCUCGUACAUUACGGCAAUCGCGCCAUAAUCAGCCCAUUGAGGACUCCUUCUCGUUCAAAGGCGCACAUUAGCGUUCCAUUCGCUUCCAUUCUGUUCAAUGUGGUUAACGGUAGUCUCAUGGGCACGUACCUAAACAGCCCACAAGCUAGGAUAUGGCUUGCAGGAAAGGAGAAAGAAUGGUGGUGGUGGGCUGCCAUCACGCUAUGGGCGGCUGGAUUUGUGGGGAACAUCGCACAUGAUGAGAUUCUGUUCAACCUCAGACGCAAAACUAAAGGGCAGAGCGAUAAGAAGAACGACGAUGCGAAGCCGGGACAACCCAAACAGCAAGGAGAGCACUAUGCUAUCCCGUACGGCCUCCUUUACAAAUACAUCACCUUCCCGAACUACUUUUGCGAGUGGCUUGAAUGGCUCGGAUUUGCGAUUGCGGCUUCGCCCGUUCCCAUCUCACUUAGCACGUUGCUUCACAUGAGCUCACCGGCUGCUAUCGCGAAUUUUCCCAAUCUCCUCGUCCGCCUCCCAUCGAUCUUACGUGACUUCAUCCAGACACCACCAAUGUUCUUCAUGGGCCGUUUCACUCCCCCUUGGAUAUUCCUGUUAAAUGAGGUUCUCGUGAUGCUUCCACGUGCGUAUAGGGGACAUCUCUGGUACAAGGAGAAGUUUGGCGAUGCGUACCCAAAAGAGAGGAAGAUCGUAGUUCCGGGAUUGCUGUGACUGUGAUGGAUUGCAUGGCCGAAGUCAUGGAUUAUCUAUGCAAUGUGAUUGAACACUUUACGACUUUCUUGAUACAGAAUGAUUGUCAUCGAUACCAAUGCAAAUGGCUUACCAGGUUAUUUUUUCAUGGAACGCUGUAAGUCGAUGUGUGUGUGUGACACGGUCACCAG